GCCUGCGCGGCGUCCACGCGGUUCCGGGUCUUGCUGUAGUCGCCCUAGGCUGUCCGCAGGGAAACUGAGGCUCCGAGAGGGAGCGAGUGCUCUCGAAACCAACAGGAAACCUGUUUCCCUUCCUUGGACCUACUUGGAAAGGCUUGGCCUCGGGUCUUUGGCAGUGCCCUCGCAACUCCAAAUUUUUCCAGUUCGGGGGUGGUCAAGGCGAGUUUUAGGACUGAAGUGACGAGGCAGUGACUGUCCUUGUGCCGUGCUACAGGUGACCACAGGUGACGACGUGAGGACUCUGAGGCGUGAACAUAGGUCACGCUUUGGCGGCCGGGAUUCGAACCCGGACCGAGCCCAGCUCUGAGACUUUCCAGGCCUCGUGGAGCCGAGAUGACCCACUCUCUGGUUUGUCCAGAGACCGUGAGCAGGGUGAGUUCGGUGCUGAAUCGUGACACCCGGCAGUUCGGAAAGAAGCACCUGUUCGACCAGAACGAGGAGACGUGCUGGAACUCAGACCAGGGCCCCUCCCAGUGGGUAAUACUGGAGUUUCCCCAGCGCAUCUGUGUCUCCCAGCUGCAGAUCCAGUUCCAGGGGGGCUUUUCCAGUCGCCAGGGCCACCUCGAAGGCUCUCAGGGGAGUGAGGCUCUUAGCAAGAUUGUGGACUUUUAUCCUGAGGACAACAACUCACUUCAGACCUUCUCUGUGCCACCUGCUGAGGUGGACCGGCUGAAAGUGACGUUUGAGGAUGCCACUGAUUUCUUUGGCCGAGUGGUCAUCUACCAUCUGCGGGUACUAGGGGAGAAGAAGGCUUGAGGCCGUUGGGUGGCUGCCUCCUCCAGGAAGUCCUCCAGGAAGCACAGUGAAGUCCUUCAAGUACUGCACAGAAGGUUUAUUGGUUCCUCUUGGAAAGGGCCCCCUCCCACCGUCUGUCCAGGAGCUGCCUUUGAAGCCAGUUCUGGGUUCCCCCAGCUCUGGGUUGACCAUUGUGUUCCCUGAGUGUCUGAGUCCCUGACAGACGGUGUUCACUCGGGGUCAGCGGGCACCAGGUUGCUCUGGAAGAGUUUAAGGAUGUGGUUCUCGAUCACCUGUUGCACUGGAAACAGAACAGGGAAAAAAGUGGGCCAUGAACUGAACAGCGGCUGCAGAGGCCCAUCUGUACCUUCUCCUCAAGGUACAAAUAGGGGCCUCAGCCCUGGGGCCUGGAUGGAGGACCCAUUUCACACACAGCGAAAUCCAGGUCCUUGCCAGAGCACAGCUGGGAAGACACAGGCCCCCCUCCUAGGAACCACAAUUUCCCCUAAGUUUGUAAAAUGCAUUUUUGGAGGCUUUUUAGAGUUAUAAAAAUACUCCUUACCAAA